AUGGUUCUUGCCCGCUCCACCGUCCUCCGCACCGCUGCUCAGCAGCUUGCCCGGCCCGUUGCCCGCGCCAGCUUCCGCAGCGCCGGCCGCCAACAGCCAUGGCAGCGCAUCUCGCAAUCUGUGUCGCGUCGCGCCUAUAGCAGCUCGCACGGCGGCUCUGGCCACACUCAGGCCAAGAGCGACCUCCCUUGGUUGAUUGGCUCUGUUGCCCUCGGCGUCCCUGGGACCUGGUGGAUGCUCCAGCCGGGUGAGGCUCACCACGACGCCCACCACGAGAAGCACGAGGAGAAGCACGAGGAGCCCAAGGAGGAGGCUCCCAAGGAGGAGCCCAAGGAAGAGCCGAAGAAGGAAGAGCCCAAGGAGGAGCCUAAGGCGGAGGCUAAGGAGGAGUCCAAGGAAGAAUCCAAGGACGAGUCCAAGGAGCAGCCCAAGGAAGAGGCUCCCAAGGAGGAUUCUAGCGAGGACAAGAACACGCGCUCUUCGCAGGACGAUGCCAAGGAGGGUGCCUCCAAGAAGCGCAUUGACAGUGACAACUGCAAGGAGAUCGGCUCUGGCGACUCAAAAGCUGAUGCCGAGGGCUCUGCUAAGGACAAGCCCGCGCCUAGCAAGGAGCCUCUGAGCCAGAACCAGACGUCCGGCAAGCAGCAGGGUGUCUCUAACACCGAUACCAGGCACAGCACCGAUGUUGACAACGAUCCUUCCAAGAGCAAGAAGUCCGAGGGCGGCGUCGACACCGCCAAGUCCAAGGGCACCAUCUCCCCCAACAGGCCUGCUGACGAGGAGAAUGAGAAGAGCGAAAGCUCUUAA